GGGUGGGGGAGGUAUUUUAACGGGGCAGAUACCUGCAGAUCAGCCACAAGCGAGUCCUAACGGGAGACGAGCAAUCCGCUGAAGCAGGGAACCAGCCAGGGGAGGCGGAGGAUAAAAAAAAUAAGCCCGGUGUUGCCGGCGACUACACUGAACUAAAUACCAUUCAAUAAAGGGGCACCAUGACUGACAGGAAGGCUGUGAUCAAGAAUGCCGACAUGUCCGAGGACAUGCAGCAGGAUGCGGUGGACUGUGCCACACAGGCGAUGGAGAAGUACAACAUCGAGAAAGAUAUUGCUGCCUACAUCAAAAAGGAGUUUGACAAGAAGUAUAAUCCCACGUGGCACUGCAUCGUGGGCAGAAACUUCGGCAGUUAUGUGACUCACGAGACCAAGCACUUCAUCUAUUUCUACCUGGGCCAGGUGGCAAUUCUGCUGUUCAAGUCAGGCUGAGUGAUGGACGGCUAAAGUGAGGGUGGACCCCCUCACCUGGACUGAUGCACUGAUGGCUGCCUCACCUGCUCCUUACACUUAAAUACACAUGGGGGGGAGGCAGGACACAACACUAUUAAACUGGCUGUGCUCAAGUGCAUGGGCGGUGUACAAUAUUUGUGUAUAUGUUGCAGUAAAAUCUUGCUUUUCUUUAGUUGCUGGGAUACAGUAAGCAACAGGGAGAGUUUUUGUUAAUGCUUUCUACUUAUUUUGUUAUUGCACUCAAGUUGUACAAAAUGCUUUAAAAGUGGCCUUUAAGUGAAAAAUAAAGAAUAGUUCUACACGUUUAAA